AUGGCUACAACCAGUCCAACUUCGUCUAGGCCCUCUCCUCUGGUCGCAUCUGCAAGCGAAAGCGAGAUAGCGUCGGAGCUUCUCGGUGAAGCUCCAGCACCAAUUCAACCUGGAACCUCGGCUGAGGCGGCGUUGCUGGCACAGUCGCCGCAAGUUAUGGAAGCGGCUGCGUCCGUCGCAACAGCUGACGACACUAAUUCUGCACUGGAACCAUCAAAAAAUGAAUGUGGGGCAUCAAACAUCGAGUCAGGGCCUCAAGGCAUCGACCCAGUGGCUUCCAAUGAUUCUCUAACCGUCACGUCGGCUUCCGCGGCAGUACCAGACGACGCAAAUUCUACUUUGGAGGCCAUAAACAGUGGACUCAGAACAUCCAUUGUCGAGUCAGGGCCUGAAGACAUGGCGGGGAUUGACCCCGCUGUCGGUGAUGCUUCGGAACCCAAUUACCCUCCUAUUAUAUACGCUCCGGUGGACGACCAGAAUAUGGAGACGGUGCAGCCCGGCGACGGAGUGAAGUGGGAUUGUCCGCAGACCAAUAUGGACUAUGAAAUGGGGGACGCCGAAAAUGGGGAGGAUGAGGACGACGAGGAUGAUGAUGAGGAUGAGGAAGACGAGGAUGAGGGAUCGUCGGAGGUUUCAGAGGGUGGAGAUUUGAUCGAAGAGCUGGACGAUGCCUUGAGUGGUGACUUCAACUUCAAGGGAAACGCGUACUACUCAGCUAAGCUUCCUCAUGCUCCAAAUCCCUGCUUGAGCAUUGAAGGCUUGGGCAUGGUUGGACUUCCUCUAAGUGAGAGGGAUGCAAAAUCUAUUAUCUCCUGCUCCGCACAGGCUCCGUUUGGACAUGGAGAGCGUACCGUGGUCGAUAGGGAAGUCAGAGACACCUGGGAGAUCGAACCCUCGAACCUCAAAUUCCUCAACCCUGCAUGGGAACCAUAUAUUCAAAACUUGGCAAUGACGUCGGUUUGGCAAGGACUUGGUGUUGUGCCUUACUCUACCUUGCCGAAAUGCGAGUUGUACAAGCUUCUUCUCUAUGAAACCGGUUCGCAAUCCCGCAUUAUGGCUGACGACUUUUUCAGCUUCCUUCCUCAUCAAGACACUCAAAAGGCGGAUGGGAUGUUCGCCACCCUCAUCAUCGUAUUACCAUCCUUGUAUACGGGGGGUGAGGUCCACGUAACACAUGCGUCAAAAACGAUGGUAAUCGACCUAUCACCCAACUCGCUCCUCAGCACCUGCGCACUUGCUUGGUACACGGAUGUAAAGCACGAAGUGAAGCCCGUGACGUCCGGGUACCGGCUGGCCUUGUCGUACAAUCUCAUCCAUACUUCACCUGGUGUCCCCAUCCCUUCUCUUCCCAACAUGAAUUCCGCUGUCAAUGAAAUCCGGCGCGUCCUCCACAAGUGGAGUAAAGACGCAUAUGAGGAACCCCCGAUGUCGACGCAGAUUGUUGCGUACCUUCUCAAACACCAGUAUAGUCCCGCCAAUUUCGCUUCUGGCGCUGCAACGCUGAAAGGUGAAGACGCCCACAAGGUAGCUCACCUUCGGCCGGUUGCGGAGGAGUUGGGCUAUGUGGUCUGUCUUGCAAAUCUGAAAUACACCAUGACCGGAUCCGCGGACGACGACUACGGGUAUCGAAGUCACGGUGGCUGGAAACGUCAUAGGUAUUAUGAUGAUUAUGAUGAGGAUCGAGGGGACCCCUCGAUGCUCGAGGUCGACGACGAGAGCCUGACUGUUAUGAACGUGGUUGAUCUGAAUGGUAACAAACUCCUUGGGCCUCAUAAACUCAACCUCGAUAAAGAGUGGCUCGUGCCGAAAGACCCCUUUGAAGGCCUGGAACCUGAUGACAAAGAAUAUGAAGGAUAUAUGGGCAACGGCGCGGGACAACUGGAAUACUUUUAUCAUCGAAGCGUGCUGCUGAUUUUGCACGGAGAACACGCCACAGAGACAUUUUUCUCUGCUGGGGGCGUACAUUACGCCCUCCAAAGGCUCAAAAUGUCUACCGCGGUACCCCCGACACAAGAGGACAGAAAGAUGGCGAAUCUCAUCCUCAAAAGCGUUAAACCGAAUGAUAAACUGACGUUAACAACGAUUGCGGACUACUCCUUGAAGUGGUUUGAUCCUACAAUGUGGAAAGCUGUUGUAGCAGCGAGCGGCUAUUCGCUACUAACCUUUGGAACAGAAAAGUGCCUCCAGGCGUGGACGGCCUUUUAUUUUGAGACUGUGCGUCCAAGCUUCGAGGAAAUGCUCAAACGAUCAACCCGGCUUCAGGAUCGGCUGCAAUUCAUCAAUUCCCUCCUUGCACAUGCGCCGGAAAACGAAAAGGACGCUGUUCAAACUUGGUGUGAAGUCCAAUCAACGCAAGCUCUUGGGUCAUAUGACUCGGCGUUGGUAGAGGACAUCCCCAUGAUACUCACAGUUGCAAAAGCGGGAGGGCUUUCAUGUGUUAGCGACGUGAUCUUACCCAACCUGAUUAAAAAGACCUCCACGUACCCUUUCUGGGUCGCGUUUAUCAAGGCGCUACAUGAAAACCGCGAUGAUCUUCCGGCUUCUAGGCCAGCCCCGGCUGAGACAGCGGCUAAUGGCGAAAACGAAACAGAGACGAGAAAGCAAGCUGUCAACAAACUAAUCGAACAAUGCCUCGAGGCGGCCAUACCGCAGUGGGAGGCUGUUGUCUCUCAACCUGGAUACCCAUACUACGGCCAGUCACAACCCGAUACCCGGAAGAUAGACCGGAUCGCCGAGCUUGUUGAGCUUUGCAUCCUGACGUCGUACAUGGGUCCUUGCGCGAAGCUUUUCGUCCUUGUCCUAAGGUGUAAAGGCGACUCCACCAGCAAGUUCCAGAAAAUUUACAUUCCGUUGAUCCCGCGUCUUCGGGAGCUCCUCGUAAAGACGAAAUCUGACAUAUGCACCUCCCCUUUCCUCGAUCUCAUGCAGCUGUUCAUCGCUACCUACCUCCGCGAUAUGCUGGGCACAAAAACGCGCAACAAUCGCUCGCAACUACGCAAAGUUGGCUGUGGCUGUGAAGAUUGUAACAGUUUGGACUCUUUCAUGUUGUUGGAUGCGGCGGAGCACACGUUUAGACUCGCACAAUACCGCCGAAGUCACUUGGAAACUCGACUCACGAACGCGAGGGAUUUGUGCACUUAUGUGACGGUGCGAAGCGGCACCCCGCAUCAAUUAGUGGUGAAGAAACACAAGGAGAUUGUCGAAGCUGCAAGAUGGGCUGGUCGGCAGAAGCAAGCUAGAGUUUUUCUGGCUUCGAUUGGCACCGACGACACCAUUGCUAAAAUUAUGGGCGGCCGUUAUGCAGACGUCAGAAGAGCUUUAGAUGGAGUGCAACCCUUUGCGGUCGCAGCUGGCUCAAAGGCUGGACCAUCCGGCCCUUCAGCUGGCUCAUCUAAUGCUGUUGCUGGACCUUCAGCGACCUCUACCACUGUUCCCGCAACACAAACUAUGUCGACGGCGAAUACCUUGCCAGGUGCAACUUCUGGCACCUCCAGCGCCACAGCAAUUCAGGCACUCGCCGCGAAUGUAAACAUUGCGGGAAAAAAGCGGAAGAAAACUCAGAACGUUCAACUUGGUCCGGUCAUUGAUUUGACGGAGGGCGACAGCUCUUGA